AUGAUAAUUCCAUACAUUAUAAUUUUUAUUUGUGGAUUCAAAAUGGUCUACUAUGUUAAUUCACAUACUGGAUUUGAUCAAAAUUUGAAGAGAUUGCUUAGGCAAUUGACAAAAACUUUGAUAAUUUUGACAAUUAUUCCAUCUAUGAAUCAAUUGUUUGUUUUAUUAAUAAUGUUUUUUAAAUAUACGGAUACAGACGAUACAACUAAAGUAAAUCAUAUGAAUCUAGUUGCUAUACUUUAUGCAAUGUUCACUCAUUUUACACCCGUUUUUAACCCAAUUGUUUGCAUAUUAACUAAUAAGCCGUACAAAGAAGCUGUUUUAAAUCGUUUAAGAAUACAUCCACAACAGGGGUGGACCUAG